CCUGCUCUGUGCUGGGCCUCAGACAAAGAGCUGGAGAGCCCUGCUGAACCUCCCUCGGGCAGCAAGAGCCUCCCACCAGCCAUGACAGUGCUGCAGGGCUGGCAGACCGGGCUCUAACUCUCACCUCCACGCUGAGCAGGGCUGCUGGGUUCAGUCUCACAGCUACUCCAGCCCUCAAACAGAGGGUCUGCUCUGCCCCAAGCCCUACCUGACCCCUUCCUCCAUCGAGCAUCCCUUGACUGCUGACCCAGGCUCAGAAGAUGAAUGCUCCAGUGCUGAGCCGGCUGGUGAAUCGCUCCUUCCUCCUUCCACUGGACUCUGCUCAACAUGCCGAGCUCAGACUCGACCUGCUCGGCACGAAAGCCUCCUGCCUGCAGCUGGCUGCCAUGAGGAACAUGAACAUCAUCCUGCAGCACUACAACUUCUCAGGCAAGCUCACCAACCGGCAGUCUGGGGACGAGCGCAUGGGGCUGGUCCGCACCACCUUUGCCAUCAUCAGCAGCAUCAUCAUCCUGGAGAACCUGCUGGUGCUGCUGGCCGUGCUGCGCCGCCUGCGGGCCCGGCGCUGGGUCUACUCCUGCAUUGCCAGCAUCACUGUCAGCGACCUGCUGGCAGGGAUCGCCUACCUCUCCAACCUCUGCCUCUCGGGCAGGAAGACCUUCCAGCUCUCCCCUCAGCUCUGGUUCCUGCGGGAGGGCAUCCUCUUCAUCACCUUGGCUGCCUCCACCUUCAGCCUGCUGGUGACGGCCAUCGAGCGCUACAGUACCAUGGUGAGGCCGAUUGCCGAGAACGAAGCCAGCAAGACCCUGCGCCUGCGUGGCCUCAUCGUGUCCUGCUGGCUGCUGGCCUUCGUCAUCGGGCUGCUCCCGCUGCUGGGCUGGAACUGCCUCUGUGACUUCCAGGCCUGCUCGGUGCUCCUGCCUCUCUACUCCAAGAACUACAUCCUUUUCUCCGUGGUCAUGUUCAGCAUCAUCCUCCUGGGUAUCAUCGGCCUCUACAUCUCCAUCUUCCAUCUGGUGCAGGCCAGUUCCAAGCAAACCAGCUCUCGGCACAGCCGCAGACGCUCCUUGCGCUUGCUGAAGACUGUGCUGAUGAUCCUGGGGGCCUUCAUCCUCUGCUGGAGUCCCCUCUUUGUCCUGCUGCUCUUUGAUGUCUUCUGUGAGCCCGGGGCCUGCACCCACCUGCACAGCCUGGACUGGACCCUGGCUCUGGCCUUGCUGAACUCGGGGGUCAAUCCCAUCAUUUAUUCCCUGCGGAGUGUGGAGAUUCGCCGUGCCGUGGGGAGCCUGCUGUGCUGCUGCUGUGUCAGGGUUGGGCUCUGCAAGCCUGGGAGCUGCCUGGUCAUCUCAGACAUCAAUUCUGGCUCGUCCACGGAGAGCUCCCUGCGCUACCGGGAGAGCUUCCGCAGCUCCGUGGCGUGGAACGCUCGGCCCAGGGCGCCUCUCUCCAGCAACUCCAGCAUGAUGAGCAACCUCCCCAGUCUGUGAGGGGCCACAGGGAGAGCAAGAGAUGCCAGACAGCCCCUGGGACCUCAUGCUGCUGGUCCUGGCCUGGCAGAACUGUAGCAGCUCGGGCUGAGCUGUUGUGAACUGGGGUCAGGCUUUCCAGUCCCAUCAGACUGGGAUGUUGCCUCAGUGUGGGUGCAGCACAGCCACAGGAAUUGCUCCUAGGCUGGGAGUGACAGACAGAGGCACAUUUUAGGGUUGAUGCUCUCUCUGCUGAGACAGCUGCAGUGCUCGGGUUAUGUGUGUGUGCUCUGGGUGUGCAGAGGUGCUGUACCUGCUCACCUGAGAGUGUUUCACCCCAGGGCACAGUGGCAAAUAGGGUGGGUAUCCCCAGCAAGGUGGCCCUCCCAACCCCUCGGGAUCAGGCUGGGUUGGCAAUGCUGCCACUGCUUGUCAUUCAGGGCUGGAGGUGGCACUUGAGCCUUCUGCAGCUUCCCAGCCUUCUGGAACUCUGGGAUGGACACAGCUGCUGCGAAGCAAGGCAGGCUUGAUGUCUGGCCAGGGAGUCAAGAAAAACGAGGUUUGCAAGUGCAACUGUGCAGCUCUGGGGCAGUGCCCAGGCCCCUGGGCAGGAAUCAAGAGCCCACCUGGGGAGCAGCACAGCCCAGCCCAAGGAUGCGGCUGCAGCCACAGCCCUGGCCCUCCCCCAGGGCAGAGAGGCUGGGCACUGAGCCAGGGCAAAUGCUGUGACAGUGCUCAGAGCUGCAGUGACAGGGCUGGCAGUAGCACGGGCAGAAGGAGGUGCCCAGAGAAACUGGGGAGCCUGGUGUCAUCCUGAGCCUGAAGACACGGCCAGCUUGUGCCUCAAAUCCCUGCUCCUCUGUUCCCUAAUGUAGGGAAUAAUCAGAGCAGCACCCAAGUGCACCCUCUCACCAUGCCAGAAGGCCACCGAAGCACUGGAGACUCACAUAAAACCUGCUGGCCCAGCCCCCUGCAGGACCUGAGUGUGCAGCCCAUUUGUUUUGCAAUAAAUAGAGGUGAU